AUGAGCCGGGUCCCGGUGCUGCUCCCGCUGCUGCUCAGCGCCCUGUGCCCGGCCGAGGGGCAGGACCCGGCCCCCAACCUCACCCGGCCCGUGUUCCCGUGCGGCGGGGAGCUCCGCGGCGAGUCGGGCUACGUGGCCAGCGAGGGCUUCCCUCGGCACUACCCGCCCAACAGCAACUGCACAUGGAGCAUCACGGUCCCCGAGGGGCAAACGGCGUCGUUGUCCUUUCGGGUCUUCGACCUGGAGCCCGACGCCCGCUGCCGCUUCGAUUCGCUGUCGGUGUUCGGGGGCUCCGGCCCGGCCCCGCCGCUCCUCGGUCGCUACUGCGGCACCUUCCGGCCGGGUCCGCUGCGGGCUCCCGGUAACCGGUUACUGCUGCGGAUGGAGAGCGACGGGGCCACGGCCGGGAGAGGCUUCCUCGCCUGGUUCAGCGCCGGGCCCGGCCCGGGACACGAGCAUCAGUUCUGUGGGGGGCGCCUGGAGAAGCCCCAGGGGAGCCUGAGCUCCCCCAACUGGCCCGAGGAGAAUUACCCCCCCGGCGUGAGCUGCACGUGGCACAUCCGAGCCCCCCCCGACAAGGUGGUGGAGCUGCGCUUCGGGAAGUUCGAUGUGGAGCCGGACGCUCACUGCAGAUACGAUCACGUGGCCGUGUUCGAUGGGGGCCGCUCCGACGAUGCCCGCAGGGUGGGGAGGUUCUGCGGGGAGGAGACCCCGGGCCCCAUCAUCUCCUCAGGCCCGGAGCUGCUGGUCCAGUUCGUGUCCGACCUCAGCGUCACCGCCGACGGCUUCUCCGCCUCCUACGUCCUGCGGAGCCCCCCCGGAGCGCCCCCCCCGGCCCCGUCCCCGUCCGCCUCCGAAGGGGCCAAGGGCAAAGGGAAGCCCCCCCCCACCGCGGCCCCCAGCCCCAAAGGCGGCCCCGGCAGCGCCUGCCCCGAGCGGUGCCGCCGCGCGGGGUCGCUGCAGAGCAGCUUCUGCGCCAGCGACUUCGUGCUGACGGGGACGGUGAAGUCGCUGUCUCGGGCCCCCCCCCAGGAGCAAGGCUGGGCCGUGGUCUCCAUCCUGGGCCUCUACAAAGUGGGGGCGCUGGGGGUGCCCUCCCCGGCCAAAGGGGCCACCCUGCGCCUGCGCCUGCCCUGCCGGCUCUGCCCCAGCCUCAAGAAAGGCUCCAGCUACAUCCUGAUGGGGCGCAUGGGGGAGGACGGGGGGGCGCUGCUGCCCCCCGAUGCCUUCGUGGUCCCGCUCCGGCCGCAGCAGCAGCAGCAGCUCCUGAGCAGCCUCAGCAAGCGGCCGUGCCGGGGCAGCGCCUGA